AUGUCCUCUGCUCAUGAUGCCACCACCAAGAUCUCCAUCGACAAGUUCGACGGCGACAACUACGCGACGUGGAGCCGCUACAUGCGUGGCGUGUUCCUGACCAAGUCGGCGUGGCACGUGGUGAACCGGGAGACCACCCCCACCUUCGCCGAUCCUCGCGCCAGUGACGACUACAUCAAGACGAACAACAUUGCGUUCGGCUUGAUGCUGCUGCACAUGAGCGCGGAUUAUCAUCACGUGGUUGAUGACUGUGAAGAGGCGUGGGUCGCGUGGGCGCGUUUGAAGACGCUGUACGGCGGGUCGCAGAAGGCUGGACGCAUCUACUUGAAGCGCCAGCUGUUCAGCAUGGAGAUGGCGGAAGGCGGCAAUGUGAUGCAUCAUUGCAACGAAGUCCUCAACAUCAGCGCGAAGCUCAGCAGCAUCGGCGCCAAGAUGGAGGACGAGGACGUGGCGAUCUGCUUGUUGCGCAGCCUCCCCAAGAGCUACGAGAACGUCGUUCUCAACUUGGAGAUGAGCAGCGCGGAACUGCGAUCGCGAGACGUCGUGAGAGUGCUCACGAAUGAGCACAUCAAGAGACAAGGUGACAAGACGACAUCGGUGAAGACUGAAGACGCGGCGAAGGCGUUCAGUGCCGAGCGUGAACCUCGCCAGUGUACAUACUGCGGAAAAUUGGGGCACACGGCGGAGCGGUGCUGGACCAAGCAGAAGGACGAAAAUCAAGGUGGAGCUCGACGCGGCGGCAACAAUGCUCGUGGACGCGGAGCCAACAACGUUCAGUGGCGAACCAACAGCAACUACGAUGACAACUACGAUCGAGUUGCGUUCGCGGUUUCGCUGGAGGCUGGACUUUCGACGGGCAAGAAUAUGCCAGGGAUGUGGGCAGUCGACAGCGGUGCGACGCAUCACAUCUGCAACGACAAGGCCAAGUUUGCAAGCCUGAAUGAGCGAGAGGAAGGCGAACUAUCAGUGGCUGAUGGCAGCAAGGCUGCGAUCAAGGGUGUGGGAACCAUCAUGGAACGGGUGGUUCUGCCCAAUGGUGACGAACUCGACAUCGAGAUCAAGGACGCACUGUUCGUACCAAGUAUGAGCAAGAAUCUGCUUUCGGUGCCACAGAUCAACAAGGGUGGCAGGUUCCAAGUCGUGUUCGAUGGAUCCAAGAUGCAAGUGAAGCGCAAGAAUUCCACACAAGUCGUGGCAACAGCGGAUCUCGUCGAUGGACUUUACUGGCUGCGGACUCCUCAACGAUCGGCAAAUGCAGCAACACGCAAUGGGACCAUCGACUUGCAUGCGCGCAUGGGUCAUGCACCCCCUCGAAGUUCUGCGCAAGAUGGUGGCCACUGGCAUGAUCAAGGACGCCAAGGCACCUCUCAACUCGACUGGUCCAAGUGUGUGUCGCGGUUGCCAGCAAGGAAAGAUGGUUCAAAAACCAUUCCCAACCAACCGUGA